CUGCCCGGCAGCCGGGCGGCCAUGUUCCAGACGGUGGGUGAGCAUCCGAGCGUCGGCUCCGCCGUGGAGGAGGUGCGCCGGCUGGAGGAGACCGCCGGCCGCACGGUGCGGCUCGGUCGCGACGGCCGCGUGCUCGAGUCGGACGACGAGGAGACUGACGGCGUUGAGCCGGCGGACGACGGCGACGAGGGGCGGCACGUCUGCCCGCACUGCAACACGUCAUUCUCCACCCGUAAGACGCUGUCGCACCACGUGCGUUCUCUGCACUCUUCGACGCGCAUCUACUACCCGUGCUGCUGCUGCUCGGCCGCCUUCAUCAACAUGUUUAGCGUGGAGCGUCACCUGCAGAAAGUGCACAAGAAGAAGCAGGAGGAAAUAGACGUGCUGAAGGAAGGCAUCAAGCAGAAGUCGUUCCACCGGAGCGUGACGGAGGCGCAGGCGUCCGCGCCGCCCGCCAACCCCAACAUGCCGAUGAAGGUGACCUCGUUCGAGUGGAAGUGCCGCCAGUGUAACCGCCGCUACCUCUCGCUGCCGGUCGGCCUGCAACACGUGCAGUCGGUGCACCCGCAGUUCGCGACGGCGCGCGCCGGCCUCGUGCGCGUCUGCCGCAUCAUCCGACAGCCGACCGACGUCGGCGCCGUGUCGACGCGCUCGUCGAGUGGCGCCGUUACGCCUGCCGACGCCGACCGCGCCGCCGCCGCCGAUGACGACGGCGAUGACGACGGCGGCGCGGAAACCGAACCGGAGCCGGCGGGCGGCCGCAUGCUGUUCAACAAGGCCAACCUGCUGAAGCGGCUGUCGGGCGGCGGUGAGCGGUGCGUGUUGUGCCGCAAGGUGUUCACGGGCCACCUGCAGGCGUGCGGCCACUUGCGGCUGCACGACCAGUCACAGAUCGAGGCUUACCUCGGCCAGAAGGUGCGUCUCAUCCGCAAGCGGCGGCCGGCCGACGCGUCGACCGAGGCGCCCGAGGAGGAGUACGAGCUGGGUGAGCCGGCCGCCACCUCGCCGCCCGACUCGGACGGGGACGAGGCCGACGCCGACGCCGAGGCAGACGCCGACGCCGACGCCGACGCCGACGCCGACGCCGACGCCGACGCCAACUCCAACGCGGCGGCGCCGUCCACCAGCGUAGAGGCGCGUGGCUUCUCAGUGCGCAUGGUGCCGGCCGAACGCGUGCGGCGCCGCGACUUUGUGCAUGUCUCUGCCGCCGGCGAGUGCGUGUGCACGCUGUGCGAGGCGCGAUUCGCGCGUUGGCCGGCGGCGCGCGCGCAUAUGGCGCGCCACAGCCGCGCCGAGGUGGAGCGCUAUGUGGCGCGCCACGCGGCGAACGGGCUGGUGGGUGUGCCGGCCGCGCUGUCCGGCCGCGGCUCGCCAGAGGAGGAAGACGACGAUGCCACCAGCGUCGACACGGACAUCGAAGCGGGCGCCAAACUGCUCGUGUCGUGCAAGCUUUGGAGCCCGAGCAAACGGAAGCGCGGCGGGGCGUCGGACGGGGAGGAGCGCCGGAGUGGCGACGAGGACGAGGAUGGCGGCGAGGAAGAUCAGGAGGAGGAGGAGGAUGAGGAUGAGGACGGGGUGGAGGCCGGGCCGCUGUCGUGCGAGCUGGUGGGCGAAGUGGUGGACAAGUGGCAGGCGAUCCGACGCAAGGGCGAGCGGCUGCGCUGCGUCGUUUGCAACAAGACCUUCACCAAGGAGAGCUACGCUGAAACACAUAUGCGCACGGCACACUCGUUCGCCGAGGUGCGCGACUUCCUCAACAGAUGGCACUCCAAGGGCGUGCGCGCACCCCCGCGCUCGGGUGACCCGGACGGCAGGGAGGACGAGGACGAUGACGCCGCCUCGGCGGCCAUGGACAGACGGGAGACGGCGGCGGCCGAGCCGGUCUCGGCUGCGUCGGAAGUGAAGGAGGAAGACCUGCCCCCGCCGCCGCCACAGCCGAAGGGCGUAAAGCGCGCCACGGAGACUGGCGGCACGGCGUCCGCGCCGCCGGCGAAGGCACCCAAGCGGGAUGUGACAGUGCUGAACGUGCCGCGCGUGAAGGCGCCGUCAGAGCGAGGUCCAGUGGUGGGCCCGAUAGGCCCGAACACCAAGAUCCUUAAGAUCUCCCGCUCAGAUCUGCUACAGCGCCGCGACGGCGCGCCAUGCCUCUGCCUCGUGUGCGACCAGGAGUUCGACACGCACGCGGCCGCCUGUGUGCACAUGCGGCAGCACUCAGACAUGGACAUCCGCAACUUCAUCCGUGCGCGCGGCCGCGAGUUUCUGCCGGCGCUAGAGCAGAAGUCCAAGAGCUACGUGCCGAACCUGGUGCGCGCCAACAGCGUCGCUGCUGUCGGCUCCACUGCCGCGGGUGCCCCCGCCGCAUCUCCUGUGAAACCCGCGACGGGCUCCGACGCGGACAAAGCCUCCUCCACGGCUGCCAAGUCUGCUGUGCCGACGGCACCGUCGAGCGAGGCGGCGCGCGCCGGCCGUCGGACCGCUGCCCCAGCUUCCGGCGCGGCCGCCAGCGAGGAGUCGGACAGCGACGACGGCGACGGCGAGGGCCUGCCGCAGGGCUUCCGUCGGGACGAGGCCGUACGCGAGUUCGAGGUGUUUGACAAGGUGCAGCUGCUCAAGCGGCAGGAGGACGGCACCAAGUGCCUGCUGUGCACGCGCGUGUUCAGCAAGCACUCGUCCGCCUGUGGCCACCUCUCGCACCACGGCGUGGCCGAGGUGCAGGCCUGGCGCAACCGCAUGCGCAGCAAGGCGGCCGCGCUGCUCAAACUGGCUAAGCGGCCGGCGGCGGCGGCCGCCGCCGCGAAGACGGCCAAGGCCGUGCUGAAGUUGACCCCGGCGAUGAAGCUGGCGCUGCUGCAGUCGCCGGACGGCUGCAUCACGUCGGGCCGCACUAUCAUGCGCCUGGCGCCAGGUGUGCGGCUGCCGCUGGCUGCUGGCGCGCUGCCCCGCGUGCUGCGGCCCAUCGCGCCGAAAGCGGCGGCCCAGAGGGACAAGGACGGCGGCAAGGGCGAGGCGGGCGGACGGAAGGAAGUGAGGGAGCCCAGGAAACUGUCACCCGAGGCGACGAAACGACUCGGCGAGGCGAGGGGCAGCCCGGCAAGGACGGUGGGUGGCUCGGAAAAGCGCCAGGACUCUCCCGCCAGUGCCAAGAACAACCAGAAGAGGGCACCACUGCUGACGGAGCGACCAGCCGAGCGCGCCGAUUCCAAAGCCGACGCCAAGAAGGCGAGCGAGCCGGCAGCCGCGGCCGCCAGCCGGCUGGUCGCCACCAAGCGAGCUUUCAUCCCGGAGUGCGGCAAGGUGUGCUUGUCGCUCUCGAACCUGCGUCGCCACAUCGCUGGCCACAUCGGCUGGCUUCGCUACGCCUGCCCGCGCUGCGAGUUCCGCGCCUACUCGCGCUACAGCGCCGUCAACCACAUGCGGCGGAUCCACCACAUAGCGCGACAGAAGGCGAGCGCCAUGCUGGAGCGGCAGGCCGCCGCCGAGGCGCCGGCAGCCGAGCAGACGGAGGUGGCAGAGCUGCCGGACGCGGCGGAGCCGGCGGUGCGCAGCGUGCCAGCCCCUCGCACAAAGUCGCUGGCCAGCAUCAUCCACUACAUCCGCGGUGCUGACGCGGCGCCCGGCGGCGGCAGCAGAGGCACCACGACCCAGUCGCCGGCGAAACCGGGGCGGGCCAGCAGCGGGGAACGGUGCGGCUUUGAGCGCUUCCUGGACGCCGAGCAGCACGACUGUAACGAGAACAUCGCGCGGGAGGGCAUGUACAAGGAGGCUGACGCUGAGCCGGGCGGGAAGAACCCGCUUAAUUCGACCGGCAUUGUCAAGCGCGCCGCUCGCGCCGACAACGGACGCACCGCCUCCGCCGACGCGGUCAGCUUCUUCCCGCGCGUGCUGCUCAUGAACAUCGGUCCUCAGAUGGCCCUCUCCGACUCAUCCCAUCUCUGCCCGGCGGGCGGCUUCAGGACGUACUCGUGGGUCAGGCCGGGCCCCGGCGCGCCGUCCUGGGAGUGA